CAUCAACCUUCAAUUUUCAAAUACAUCUUCAGCCAGCUCCACUCACUGGUACCCUUACAAAACCACAGAAAAUGAGCACUCCGCCAGACAACACAGUCUGCGACCUAUGCGGCGAGUCCAUCUGGAUCCCGAAUCCCGCGCUCGCAGACUCCUCUGACGACGACGAAGACAUGGAUCUCGAAGACUCCUCCCACGCCCACGGCGAUUCCUCUUCCCACGCCCACAGCGGAUCCGAGCCCGCGCUCGUGCCGGACGACGUCGUCCUGAACUUAUGUCCUGUGAAGCAUCACUUCCACUGGACCUGUUUCCUCGCCCACACCGCGCCGGACACCUUCUGCCCCAGCUGUCGCGCCCAACUCAUCCCCGACGAUCCGGCCGCGCCUUUACUCGCCACCGUGCGCAGCGACGGCGGCGUCGAGACAGACUACGAUCUCCGGCAGACACUCAAAGAAGAGCGGCUGUACGCGCAGUACCCGAACCUGCGCCUGCACGAGGCGCUCUGCGACGCCUGCUUCACCGGCGACGAGGAGCGGGUAUGGCAGCUCUUGGAAGGUAACCCAGACGAAGGCGACGAGGUCGUGACUGAUUUGCCCGAGGCUAAGGAUCUGGAGAAAGGGUGGACCCCGCUGUUUUACGCGGCUGUGAGCGGUAGGGAGGGAAUCGCGCGGUUCUUGAUCGAGAAGGGCGUCGAUCGGUCGGCUAGAGAUAAGUAUGGGCGAAUAGCUGCCGAGUAUGCGCGCGAGGAGGGACACGAGAAUAUUGUACGUUUACUUAUGGAGUAGAUCAAUCAUAGAAUAAAACAUCUUAUCUACAACUACAUAUAAACGCAUGCCUAUCUUCGAUAUUUCUACUUUAAAAUG